AGAGGGAGAGACCCUAAGCUACAGAUCCACAGCCAAGGAAACCGCAGAUCCCCCAAAUCUCCAACUCUGCGCACAGAGAAGAGAAAGAAGCAGCAGAGACUAACAAAAGCAUUCUUGGCUUUGAGUUUAAGAGAAGAAGGAAAAUAGUGAACAAUACGUUGGGCGAGAUCAUUUACUUGAGAUAUAAAGUGAAGGAGAAAAGCGUGACAGGACGGCGUCAGUCAGUGGGUUUAUCAUCCCUCUCCAAAUACUGAGGAACGGAUUGUCGUGCUGCGCUGCAUGAAGGACGAUUCCAUCUUGGGGAAGAAGCGUGCAGAAACAGAAUGAGAGCCAUCAUGAGGAUCACGUGUCUGCUGCUUUUACUCAGCUUCCUGUUCCACAGGGUUUGUUCAAAUGUUAACGGGCCAGCAGCCACCUCCGUGACCCAAAAUGCUGCUUCUGUCACGCCCAGGGCAUCGGCUAUGCCGACUGAUGGUAUUGCAUCUGGGACUGAGCCAACUACUGACAGUAAGGCAGGUGUAAUUGUUGGUGUCACAACUGGAGCACAUCCAACUGAUGAUGCCGAUAAGAAAAAUAAACCUACGCAAGCAUCCACACUAGCAAAGCCAACUGUUACAGUCACAGUGUCUCCUGUCCCAACGGCUGCAACAUCCAAGCCUACAGACAAGCAAACCCCCACCCAACCACAAGCACCCACUGCCAUUAACACACCUGCAGCACCUUCAACUGUCAUCUCUGAUGCACCCACUACUGUGAAGAAUGUUGCCACACCUUCUGCUGCUACACCCAGCCAACCAAAGACCCCGACACCAGCUGCAACAGCAGACAGCAGCAGCAGCUCAGCGGCACCCCUCUAUGCUGCCACGCCGCAGACCUCUGCAGCCCCUGUACCCAGUAAAACUUCUGGGACUGAAGCGGAUGUUGGAAAUCCUGCCAAUGCAGGGACAACCAAGAUCACAAAGGUCUCGACAGACACCCCUGCACCAGACCAACAGUCCAUGACACACACCCCCACCACCACCAAGCUGGGCCAGGACAGCAAAGGAAGUACAGAGGAAGCAACUGUUACGAUUACAAGCCACAUGGCAUCAAAGGCCCCAGAGCCAACUGGGAACAAGGGGACCACCAGCAGCCCUUCCACCCCGACUAAAGCAAGACCUCCUGCAUCAGAAACCUCUGGUACCAAAACUGGACCAUAUCCCACGUCCCCACAAAGCACCACCUCCACCACAACCACCACUACCACCACAGCAGCUCAGCCAAAGAUGUUUUUGUAUUCUCUAAAUAACGGACAGGAGAAAGAGGACGAGAAAGAUUUGGUGGAGGUGUGCAGGAGGCUGAUGGUGACAUUGCAAGAUGGGAACUGCACCCUCAUGUGGCGGCACCACAACGGCAAAAUACAGUUUGACCGUGUGGAGCUAAAUGGCAAAGUGAAAACCAGCUUUGCAACCCAGUAUUAUGAGGAAAUCACCAAGAAACCAACAGAUAACAAAACCCUGAUAGCCAUCCUGGCCUCCUGUGGAGCUCUGCUCAUCAUGAUCGUCAUCCUGGCUGUGUGUGCCUCCCAUCACCGCAGGCCAUACAACGAGAACCAGCACCUGACAGAGGAGCUGCAUACAGUGGAGAAUGGUUAUCACGACAACCCAACGCUGGAGGUGAUGGAGGUGCAGCCGGAGAUGCAGGAGAAAAAGAUGGUGCUCAAUGGAGAGUUCAAUGACAGCUGGAUUGUCCCCAUCGACAACCUGCUCAAGGAGGACAUACCUGACGAGGAGGACACUCACCUGUAGAGACGGCCGGGGACAGAGAAGAACAAGUAGGAGACAGCGACAGGACCUGUAUAGUUCCAGCCACACCAAAACAAACAAAAAAAUCCACACAUUUUGCUCCAUGCCAGUCCCCAGCUCUCACUCCUGACCCUGGACCUGUUGUCCCUGAAUUUUUUUUUUCACAAACAGAUACAUCCAAUAGAUUGGCCAAGCCCACACAUUCAUGCUGUCUGUCAGAUAUAUUUCUAUUGUAGUUUGGUAUGACAAAGAAAUGAGGGUAAAAUGUCAAACACUUUUAGAAGUACCAAUAGAAUUGUACACAGUGGCCUUGGAAACUUCAACAUAUGUCCACUAAAUCAAUCACGGUUGUGCCUAUAUUGUAGUUUUUAUAUGUAAAAAGUGACUCUCUACAGAGUACAAUUCAAAGUAAGUCAGUCUGGAAACUCAAAGUGCUCCAAACCCCAAGAGGAUUGUGCCUUUUUAGAAUGUACACAAGGAUGUGUUAAUAGAGUAUUAUGAUGUUAUUUUGUGAGAAUGAGGAAGAGUCAGGUGAUGUUGCAAACUGAUUCAUUUGCUCUGGAGGCCUCAUAGAGGUAAUGGCAACAUCAGCUGCCUCUGGAGGUCCACAGUUACUAACUUAGAUAGAAAUGACCUCAAGAUACUGAAAAGCAUCCUGGAGAUUUUCCACGAGUGGGUGUUAGCUCUGAGGGAGCUGCUAAUGGCUGUAAAGGCAACACUGAUGCAGUAAUCAGAAGAGGCACAUGGGUGUAUAGAAAUAAGACAAAUGAAGGAUUUUAAUCCAUAAUGCCACAGAUUGACUCGAGGGUGUACGGAGUGCUUGAGGGGACAUGUCACAAGUAUAUUUUGUUUUGUGUUUUCUCUUUGUUUCUUGAUACAUGACCCUGGCUUAAAGUUUUCAUGUGAUUACAAUCAAGAGAAAAGGCUCCAGCUUUCAUCUUAUUUUUUUUUUUAAUUAUUUGUCCCCUCUGGCUUUCCAUAAAUGGAGGCUAUUGCUCAGUUUUCUUAAAAGAAAAAUCAGCUGAUCAUGUUUGUAGUGAGCGUUACCUUCUUUAAUUCAAAACUAACGUCACAUUAUUACUUAUUUUAACUGAUAUGUUUGGUUUAUUAUUUUAUUAUAUAUUUCAAUCAGUUUUGCUGCAAUAGUCUUACUUGGUCUGGUCAGACCAGUAGCAUAGGGUGCCUGACUAACAUUUAAUGGCUUAAGAACAGAAAUAAAACAGGGAGUAAACACAUUGUGCCUCACCAGCAGAUACACUGGGUGUUUCUCAAAGUCAAGGAGGGACCCUCAAAUGGCAGAAUUUCAAGGAUGCUACGUCAUUGACCCCUGCCAAAGGGCUGUUUCAAUAGGCUCUUUCGAGAUGAGCCAGUCCUGCGCAGAUUUGAUCACGGGCGAUCGGCGCACAAUGCAUGCCAGUUAGUUUUGCUGUUGAUUUGCUCUGAUGUAUUACAAAAGUGGACAGCGAUAAUCUCGCUGCAGCGAGGGGGCUGCAGUUUUUAGAGCCAGGCACUGCAGUUGCUCUCCACCGACUGCAAGACCCAGGGCAUGACGGAAAUGCCUGGCUCUCACCUGAUCUAACAGCCGAUUGGUUUAGACGAUGACUCAACAAGAUGACAUUUCAGAUAAACUUUUAAUUUGUCUUGAAUUUCAGAGAUUUAAAUUUUAUUUGUCUGAUUUGAAGGUUUAUUCUCUUAACAGAAAACAUGUUGUGUCACUGAUGGUGAAGUUUAUUCAUCAGAGACUAAAUGCAAUUAUCAUAAACUAUACAGUCUACUGUAUGUUAACAUGGACUGUUUUAAUUAUUGAAGUAGCCUGUUUGACAUCACAGAGACUCCAUAUAGGCAUAUCUUUCCAAAAAUUCACACAUAUAAUGAAAAGCCCACCCUGAAAACAUGUACAGAGGAAUUUUCAAUCAGCGUCAUAGUGCCACCUACUGGCAACAGAAACUUACUUUUUUCUAUGAUGUCCCUCUUUUACCAGGUUAAUCAGACACACCUCAAAUUUGCUGAAAUUAAGUCCUUAGACUCUGAUGAUACUCAAAAAUGAAGCUCUUGAGUUUUCAUCAAACGCUGUCACCGUGGUGCCGCCUUAAGCACGAUAUUGUUUUUAAGAAGCAAUGGAUGCUUGAAAACUCAUCAAACAUGGCACACACAUAAGAGGUUCCAAAUUCUGCUGUCUGAUGUGAUUUUUGUGCUUUGAUGUGCCAAGAUGGCCCAACAGCACCCCCUAGAAAAUUUCAAUGACGCAGCCCUUGAAGCUGGUUUGGCCUGCAUGUAUGCAUGUAGGCACAUGUAACAGUCUAAGACGUACAGAAAAGCCUCUUGGAGUCAUGCUCCAAACCCACCAGGAAAUCUGCCAUUUUGAAUAUACAUGAAUUAAGGAACUUGUCCUAGAGAUUUUAUCUGAUUGACUUCAAACAUUGGUCUGUCCCACUGAAAGACCUUGAAGAAGAAAAGUUAUAACAGGCUUGAGUUUUCCAUAUACGGCGUAACCGUGGCAAGGCGUUAAACUUCCAUGUGUCGCAAUAAACAGGAAGUGGUUUGUAAUUCCAGCAUACAUGGUCCAAUCUUCCCUAAUCUUCACAGGUUUGAUGACAGUCCCGCCCGGAACAGAUCGAUCUCUCAAUAUUCAGUGAAGAGUACAGCGCCACCUAGCAGCAACAGGAAGUACGUCUUAUCAGACACUUUUUUGAUUUACCUGACAUUUACAUGCUGUGGUGUAUAUUUCAUGUAUAGGAACAUGACAUAUUGUUAGUGCCUUCUCCAGCUCCCUCCAGUGGGAAGAGGAAGUGGUACAAAAUGUGAAAUAGUCAGUUCCAGACUGAAUGAAGUAUAUGCUGUCUCGCUCCUGCAUGUGUGCUGUCUGACUUUGACAGAAAUGAACUGACGUCCUGCCAGCACCCCCGAGUUGUGCAGAGGUGCGAGGGCCCAUUCAUCGCUGCUUGCAGCUUUAAUUAUUAUUAUUAUUGUUAUUGUUCAGAAAUGUUUUUGCAAAUUCCUGUAAGAUGGUACAUCUUAGAGACAUGAAAAUGAUUGGAAGUUGUGUGCAAAUGCUGCUCAAGAUAUAAAUUUGCCAAUAGGUCAGAUGGGGGCGCUAUAAUUAAGGUCAAAGAAAAUUUGGAUUUGAAAGGCCACCACCCUUGCACCGUAUGUCAGAUUGACAAAAAACUCGAGAUACUUGGUCAGGUGAAGGGGUUCUACGAAAGCCUACAUAAUCCUACAUAUGCGCCUACUAGAAUGUCCGCUAUAUUGAAUUUUCUGAAAAACACCAUUUUUACAUCUCCUCCUAAGACGUAGGUCUCAUUUCCACCAAACGUUCUGUGAAUCAUCAUGGGAUGCAGCUUUGUAAAAGUUAUCAAAGACUUUUUGAUAUGUCAUUGCAUUUUGGUGAUACUGACCAAUGAACUGGAUUGAAAUGGACUUUAGUCCUUAACCAUUGAGCCAACUGACACAAAACUUGUAGAAAAUGUCAACAAAAGUAUCUGAAUCAUAUUGUUAAAGUUUGAUUCAAAUCAACCAAUAGGGGGCGCUACAUAAUCAGCCAGAGGUAUUUGUACAAAACUUAGUCUGCAUCAUCUAGGGUCAUGUCUCAGCUGAUGCACAAAAUUUAAAAAAUUAUUGCUUUAGGGGGUGUGGCUUAUUACAUUAAAACUAAAUUUCAAGACAUUUUAAAGUCCAUACUUCAAAAAAUCAUAAUAAAUCACCAGUGUGUCCUACACAGCUGUAAUUCAUCCACUGAAUGGUGACAAAACUUUGUCACACUGUAACCUAUAGUCAGAAGUCCGUCACUCUAUAUUUUUAAGAAUAUGCAAAGUCAAUUAACAUCUAUAUCUCCAGAAGUCUUCAUCCAAAUGCACCCACCAUUGCCACAAACAUUCUUUGGAUACUACUGUAGAUGUCACGUUUCAAAUGGUGUUCAGAUCGGUUAAAGUGUAAGCUCACAGUGCUAGUCAUUAUCUUGUUGUAAUUUGUACUGUAUGCACAUUGUCUAUUUCAUAUAAUUUUUAACCAAAUGUCACCAAAAUAUUUGACAAUAUAGGCCUACCUGAAAUCAGCAGAAUGAUGUGCGAUUAUUUUCAGAAUUUUGUCACAAACGCUUUUACUGUUAAUGAUAUCUGAUCUGUUUUAUGAAGAUAGUCACCAAUGAGCUUUAAAGGGGGUGUGGCUCAGCAAAUGACUCCACAACGUUUGCAUAAAUCAUCACAAACAUUGCAAGCAAUGUCUGAAGAGGUACAAGGCACAUAUCUUGAAAGUUUCAUUCAAAUUGACCACUAGGGGGCACCACAAAUACAAGAAAUGGGCAUGCAGUAACACAAAUCAGACUAAAAAUCAGAAAUUGUUACAAAACUUGCAGGCUAUGUUAAAUAAUAAUUAUGAAACAUGUAUUAUUCUAAAUUGGUCAAUAGGGGGUGCCACAAGGUCCAAAUAAGUGCAAAGGCCUUUUACAAAAUUCAGCCAUAAAUCAAUGAGGGUUUUUUCAAACAUCACCAAACUUGGUGGAUUUUUUUAAUUAAACCAUUAAGCAUAUCCCCCAGAAUGUUCCUGCAGCUGACCAAUAGGAAGCGACAGUGCUUACAAAGAAGAGCGUGGCCCAAUAAAGAUUUGGACAUAAAUGGAUGAGCAGCUGUCUGAUUGUCAUAAAACCUGUUGGUAAUCUUUUAUGCGGGUGUCCUGAACUGUCAAAGGUCUUUAUUCUACUUAGCUCCAAAGAUUUAAAUUUCCAUAUUACUGUCGCUGAGUUUGUGGUGAUACACACAUAAUAUCUACAACACCUUGGAAUCACAGUGUGAUUCUGUGUGUGUGUCUGUGAACAUACUGUACAUGCUGUGGUGAUUGAGGACUUUUUCCAGCUGUUCUCUUUACUGCACAAUGAAGGGAUCAGGGUGUGAAUGUGUGUGAGUGUGUGGGGCGGGGCUUUACCUGGCCUCACCUGUGAACAGCACCUUUAUCAUAUUCAGUGAAAAGAAAGAUUACCCCCCCCAACUCUUCCCAACUCUUCCCAAAACAACAUGACACAUUUUUAGAUAGCCAUUUAACUGACAAAUCUGUGGAGCAGAGGAAAGUGUUAAUGCUUUAUACAUUCCUAAGACUUAACAGAAACACCUAAAAUGACCUAACAAAUCAUGAAAAAUUCACUGAAAAUACUGCUUACAUUUGUUCAAAUUAUACAACAUUAGAGAGUAUCAGAAUUACCACAGUACCCUGAAACCCCUUCAGUCUGCUGAGGGUUAAUGACGCACACCUGGGGGACACUUGAUAGCCUGUUCCAGUGUGCGUCCAUCACAUGCUAGGAAGGACUCUUGCCUUGCCUCUGUAGAAUCCUCUCUUGGAAAGACCCAUCCUACUAAGGAAGGAUCCUUGAUUUUGAGAAACACCCAAUAUUUAUGUUUUAUCUUGGUUGUGGUCACAUUUAACUCACUCUCAUUCAGAUUGCAGAAUGAAAAAUGUCUUUAAAGCAACUAACUUAAGAGGAUCUUGGGAAAUGUAUUUGGUCAUCAUUCUGUACUUAACCACUUGUGACCACAGAGGGCGCUGUUCAAGAAAAGUAAUGUAGGGGAGAGCGGGGUCAGUUGAGGCAGUGCCUUUUUAGCAGUUAGAGAGCAAUUAUGCCAUUCACCAUGCUCAUACUGAGCCACGCCAUCACCAUCUGACUAUUUCUCACAUUUUAAUCACAGUUUUAAAAUCUGAAGCAUGCAUGUAAAGUUUUGGUUCUUUGGUUAUUUUCCUUCUACCGUAAUGUUUUUAGUUAUGACACAUACACAAUAGGUCUACAUUUUAACCCCUGAGCAUACUUUUAAUGUUGUUUUUAUUGGCUUUUUUUUUUCAAAAUGAAACCAAUUUAAUAGCCUACAUAAACGUAUAGGCCACAUGUACCUAUGGAAACCACAUUGAGCUGAUAGGUGUCACUGAAAUAGAGAUAGGGAGACAGUCUAAUUCCAUAUCUCAGUAAUUUAUGUAAAUAUAAUAAUUUCACAAUUUUUUUAAUGUAUGAACAAAUGACAUUGUAAAUACAAGGUGAUCAAAUGUAAACUGUUUGUUUUUUCUUUCAAUUUAAAUCAUAUUUUUCUUUAGCCCUGAAAAAGGUGUGCCAAUCGAUCCUAACCACUGUCCAAACCGUCCCGGAGAGGAGAAAUUUGAGGAGAAAAAAUGUGCUUUUCACACUAAAACUUUAUAAAUUAUUAGCAGACACCUGUAUCUGUUCAGGGAGCAAAUUACUUUCAUUACCAUUUGUCUGGUAAUUGGAGGUUAUUUUGUGUCAAAACAACAGUGUCCCAAUGGACCCCAUUCUCCCCUACUUUAUGUGUUCUAACGUGAAAGAAAAUUAUCUCUGGUUGCAGAUGGAGUAAAAUGGCCCUGAGUUAUUGAAACUAUGGUGGUUGUUUACAGAAGACAGUUUGGUUUGUAAUGUCUCUUUUCGCCUUUGUUUUUCUUUUCUAAAUAAGUUUGGCCAUCUCUCAGAUGAGCUGAUGCUUAACACCCUGUUGGACUCUACAAAGUCAUUAUUCUUGACAGGAGUGAUGGCAAAACUACCAGGUUGUAAUAAUAUGGAAAUAUCCUUCAACUACAUUGAAAUUACAGUAUUUUCUACAGCCAAUACCCAUAAACAUU